AUGAUGGUACCCUUAUCUCCAGCGGUGAUGUCAAACAUCGCUGGCUACAUGUCUAUAGCCACUUGGAUCGUCGUAUACUCACCACAAAUAUGGGAAAACUACCAACUCCAAUCGGGUGAAGGUCUAUCCGUACCAUUCAUCGUACUGUGGCUAUUGGGCGAUAUAACCAAUUUGUUUGGUGGGAUCAUGGCAAAGCUAUUGCCUACCAUGAUCAUAUUGGCCGUUUAUUACACCAUAUGCGACCUAAUCCUCUUAUUCCAAGUAUACUACUACCGUCGCAAGCCCUCUCCUGCCGCCCGAACGCACAUCGAUCCGGACGACGAGUCAACCCCUUUAUUACCUGAACCUAAACAGCCCAAACCUCUCUUACCUCCGUCUCUCGAAUAUCCAGUAAUGUUAGGAUUUGUCUUGUUGUCAGGUGUGGGUGCUUGGUACAUCACCGAUCAGGAUGAAGUCAAAAUACCUGAGAAACCAGAGGUGGAAUUGGAAUGGAAAUCGCAAUUGUUAGGUUGGAUGUCAGCGGUUCUGUAUUUGGGCAGUAGAGUUCCGCAGAUCGUACAUAACUAUAAAACCAGAUGUGCAGGUUUAUCGCUAGCUAUGUUCUUCUUCGCCAUCUCAGGAAACAUAACAUACGUCCUUUCUAUCUUUUUCACCUCGAUGAACCCCCGAUACAUCUUGGCGAACUUACCGUGGUUAGCUGGAUCAGGAUUGACGGUAUUUUUGGACUUAUUCGUCCUCGCUCAAUUUGCUGUCUUCAAUUGGCAAGAUAAGAAGAAAGAGAAAGUGUUUGCAUCGGAUGAAGAUGAUGAUGAGGAAGCAUGA